AAACCCACACCACUACCGGCAGAAACUCUUCCCGGAGAGUCAGCGGCUAGUCAGAGUAAAAACGAAGGAAACAGGACGCAGCUGCAGCGGCACAGUUCACGGUCAAACCCCCGAGCAGGGAAACUUUGUUUUUUUUUUAAACUCCCCUUUCCUUUGCUUCCACCACAAACGCUCAAAGCUCCGCCGUUUUAGUCUGCUCUGAGUCUGAGGGAACCGCGUCGCUGGAAGCAUGGCAGCCAUCAAGGCGCUGGAGCAGUGGUGUAAAAUUCAGUGUGAUGGUUACAGAGAUGUUGCCGUCACUAACAUGACGACUUCAUUCAGGAACGGACUGGCGUUUUGUGCUCUCAUACACAAAUACAGACCGGAUCUCAUAGAUUAUGACUCACUAAAAAAGGAGGAUGUGUUUGAGAACAAUAGAUUGGCCUUUCAAGUUGCAGAAGAGAAGUUGGGCAUUCCAGCUUUGUUAGAUGCUGAAGACAUGGUGGCUUUAAAGAUCCCUGACAGGCUCAGCAUUCUAACUUAUGUGUCUCAGUACUACAACUACUUCAAAGGACGACCUUCUAUUGGUGGAGUCAAAAGGCCAGCAGAGGGCUCCAAGGAAGAGCCAUCAGAGAAGAAAAAUCAACCAGUGGUCACCAAAAUGUUGGAGUCUAAAUCUGGCAUGGAGAACUGUUUACCUUCCACUGUCACUGCUCGCAAAUCACCAAAGGUGGAUGGAACUGCUGUGGAGAGGGUGGUUUUGGCUGACAGUGUAAAUAAGACUGGAACUCUUAAUAGCAAAUGUGUUGCAUGCAAGAGUCACGUCCACCUGGUGCAGAGACACUUCGUAGAAGGAAAACUCUACCACAGAAGCUGUUUCAAGUGCACUGAGUGCUCCUCCGUACUUCAUACAGGAAGUUACAAACCUGGGAAGAAUCCUGGCACAUUUGUCUGUAACAACCAUCAGAACAGUUCCAAAACCUAUCUCUUGAAUGCAACUGGAUCAUGUAAUUCGGCUGUGCCACCAGACUGUGCUGUGAAGACUCUUCUGGCACCACCAACUGCAUCCUCUGUGCUAUCAGCCCCAAUCAAUGCUGUGCCAAAGUCAUUAAGUCCUGCUCCGAAUUCCCAAUCUUGGACAGCCUCAGCCCAGAAGACUCAGGCAGCCAGGCAGAGGUUUUUCCAAACUGUGCCGCAUGUUGCAGGAUCUUCAACUGGAAAUGGGAAGCCCAUCAUGUCCUCGGGAGAUCCAAAGGUCCCUCUGAGUUCUGGUGAUGGAAACAAGGGUAGGCAGAUGAUCGGAAAGAAACUAGGUGGGGAAAACUGCAACAAUAACAACAAGAACCUGUUCACUAUCAGAUCUGCAGAAAGUCGAUUUUGUGUUGACCCAGUUUCAAAAGACUUCCCUGGUUUGAGGACGAAUAAAGGCAACCAAGACGCAGCAGGAAACCGGGAAAGACAAACCGGUACCAGCCGAGCAAACAAUGAUGAAUCACAAUGUCUGAAGACUAUCAACAAGGACAACACCAGGCCAACGGCGGUACACACAACGGCCAAAGGUCCCAUCUACCAGGAGUGGCAAACAAAUCUCACACCAGUGAAAACUGAGCAAGGAUUAAAAGCUUGUCAACCUGAACAUCCUUCACUUUGCUACACAACCACAACUUCAUGUAAUGUUCCCAUUGGUGCAACAAGGCCUCCCGCAGGUCAAACACCUGCACUACCUCCAGUUGCCUUUGGUCUGUCUGAAACCAUCUGCUUAAAGGAAGUCAAUCCCAGGAAACCCCUGCCUAUUUGUGAAAGCGUCGGCUUAAAACAAGCUAGUUGCUCACCUGUGAAAUCCCCACUCAGACCUCCAGCUGUGGAAUCUAUUAAUUCAACAACUGCUUUAGACAUUCUCGAGAAUCCUUCAGCUGCUAAAAAGGGAAAGUAUUUGUCACCCACCGCCGCCUUCAGGACUGAAAUGAGGUCACCCUCUUGGAUGUUUCAUCACAUUCCGGUAGAGCAAAUUGAGAAGGAGCUGGAUGAUAUCGAGAUGAACCUGGUUCAGCUGGAGAGGGAGGGCGUUGAGCUGGAAAAGCAGCUCCGCAGCUUUGAGGAAGAGGGAGAAGGGGACAUAUUAAUGGAUCCACUGAUGGUAGACUGGUUUAACCUCAUUCGCAAAAAGCAGAUGUACAUCAGGAAGGAAUCUGAGCUGGUUUACCUAGCCAGGACUCAGGAGCUGGAGCAACAGCAGCCAGGAGUGGAGGUAGAACUUCGGCGGCUGCUGGAAAAGCCAGAUCACUUGAAGUCAAGAGACGAGCAACACAGGGAGAGGAAGCUGCUGCAGCAACUGAUGGAGAUUGUGGAUGGUAGAAAUGCGAUUGUGGAGGUGCUUGACGAAGACAGGUUGAGGGAAGUGGAAGAGGACAAACAGUUGAAUAAGAUGAUGCAAGAUCUUGGAGUGAAGACAAGCAAAACUAAAAGGAAAUCCUCCAUCUCAAAAAUCUUCAAACGAAGAAGCAAAAGGCGGGUUGAAUGAUGAUUGAGGAAAUGUUAUGUAUAACCUUUCAGCAUUCUUCUAAACAAAAGUCCUGUUUAUAAAAUUGAAAUGAACUAAAAUUGAGCAGUGGUUGACGUGUAAAGUGUUGGUUUAAAAUUUACAUUCAGUUCUUUUGUUUGUUUGUUUUUUUUUUAAAGAAGGCUUAGGUUUUUCCUUCCAGGAUUUUUCUCACACAUUGCUUCACUGUUAAAAUAUUGUUUUAAGCUUUGUAAAAAAAAAAAAAGAAGUUUAUUCUAUCAGAACACUGCACCCAAAGCCUUUCACAAUUUAAGAAUUUGUUUUAGAAAAGUAUGAAAUUGAUAUUCUAACUAGAAUUUGAUGUUUAUUGCAUUUAGUUAAACACUAUCUUGUAUUUUAGGUUGUGACCAACAUUUUAAAAUCUAAAGUACAGAGAAAGUCUGGCUGCUCUUGUAUGUGCAUGAUCCUUCAAAAGUCUUGGUCCAAAAUUGAACUAUUUAAGUAUUUAUUUAAUAAUGGAUUUUAACUAAUUUACCUAAAGGAUAUUAGAGGUCUUCCUCAUUAACUUCGAAUGUGUCUGGAGCCGCACAUGUUGAGCUGCUGCAGGUUGUGGCUCAUCUCCCGCUGUACUGUAGGUGGCAGCCUGGGUAUGCAGUAUCACAAGGCAAGAACUUGGGGAAAUCCAAUUUGCCACAGUACAGACAGUUAAUUUCUUUGCUAAUUUUAUAAAUGCCACAAAAAGUGUUCAGCUGUGCUGAUGCAAUAACAUUAUGUGAAAGAGGAUUAGGCAGAGCUGUAGCUCAUGGCUGAGGAAAGGCUUACAAACUAUAGGUUGUAUUAAGCAUUUUAUCUCAGAACCAGGUUUAAUUAAACAUUACUCUUUGCUGAUAUCUGCAUCAGAAUGGCUCCAUACCUGAGCUAUUAAAAUGUUCAAAGGACAUGUGGAGUUGCUCAUCUGUGAAAAUGUCUUUUUGCUGUGUUUGUGAUAAAAUGUUUUAUAAUUUUACAUACACUCUAAAGGUGCUAUUAAACCGUAUGUACACUUUUCUAUUUGAAAUCUAUUCAAUAAAAAUCCUUCUAAGACUGC